UGAGACUUGAUAUCAAAACCAUUUGCGAACGCAAUACAUUCAGGGAAGUCGUUUUGCAAGAAGAGAGGAAGAAGGAAAAGCCUGCAGAUCGAGUGAAAGCGAGACGCCGAAUGUCCAUUUGUCCUCUUCGGAAUUGUUUAUUCCUUUUUAUCUUCUUACUCUCUUAUCAGCAAGCUUCAUCAUUCUCAUUUGAACAAUGUAACGUGACGCGGUCUUGUUGGUUUCACCCGCCGGAAUGUGCUGCAGACAACCUGGCGGCGUGCCAAUCAGGAGUCGAAUGGCAAAUGCUUCCCGAAGGACUUUUUCUGCAGCUGGAAGCUAAAGUCCACGAUCUGGAUCAGACUCGCCCGUUCUAUGCAGCGCUAGGUUUCAGCUUCAAUCAGAGAAUGGACGACGAUACGGUGUUCGAAUGUGUGGUUCCGCACACGGGAGACGGUAAAGUACAAAUAUCAUUCAACGACGAGACGUUCAAUCAGGUUUUGCCGCAGGGGUCAUCCGUAUUGUUAACAGAGGGAACGACGUCAUACGUGGAUGGAGUUUUGACAUGUAGUGCUAAGUUGCUACUUGAUAAUCGACCAUUGAUUGAUAAUGACACACAGUUUAUGGUUCAUGAUUUGGAAUCUGGAAGUUAUCACUUGCUAUUUGCAAGGGGAAGUGCCAAUAAAUAUACCCUUGAAAAAGACAUUCACUCAACAAAUGACGGUCAACAAUUCCCUUGGAUGUCAGAUGAGCAGGUGUCAUUCUGCCGAACAAAUUGCUCAUCACCAAACCUUUACCAUAUCGGGGAAAUGCGACAAACCUAUAAUGUCUCAAGAUACUGGAGGUACCGUAUUGCUGUCUGGCAUGGAAUUCUCCUGAUGUUUGCAUGGUGGGUACUUGCAUCAAAUGCCAUCCUAAUCAGCAGAUACUUUAAACCACUGUUCCCGAGAAAUAAGCUUCUUGGCACUGCAGUUUGGUUUCAACUUCAUCGUGAUAUGAUGAUUCUGUCAGUUGUAAUUCAAGUGAUAUGUGUUUUGUUCAUUUUUUAUCAAGCUGGAUGGGUAUGGUAUCAAUGCUCAUAUAUGUGCACUUCAGAUGAUUUUUCAAAGAAAAUGCAUGGUAUAACCGGCUUCACGGCCACCGUUUUGGCUCUGCUACAGCCUGUUUUCGGAUUUCUUCGGCCUUCUCCAACUUCUAGUAUUCGACCAAUUUUCAACUGGGGCCAUUGGUUGGUUGGCAUGUUUUCCUGGUCGGUUGCUUCUGCCACAAUAGUACUGGCACUACCAAUGGGCAAAACUGGCCUGAAUCGACUGUAUGGUCACGUUCCAAAUUGGAUUGUGCUCGGCUAUAUUCUCUUCUUUAUUGCAUGCAAUCUAAUAUUGGAGAUUAUAACAAUAACGAGCAAUAAAACGAAAAUAGAAGGAAUCCAGCCACAUCGGUUUACAGUUGGUCCUAUGGGAAUGGCGCUGGCCAAUUUGAAUACGCCAAUUAAAGAUGCACCGAUUGAGGUGCCUAAACGCACAAAAGCCCGUGUGACAGUAGUCCUUGUGCAUCUCAUAGUUAGUCUUUCCGUAAAUAUUGCUUUUGCCGUAAUGCUGUUCCAUGCCCUUUGGUCACAUUCUCCCUAGACUAUUUUAUAUCUUUUUUGCUUAUUUUUCCUUUUUCUUCUCAUUUUUUAUUCGUUUCCACCCCCACUGGUCUCUCUCACUCACUCUCUCUUCUUUUUUGUUCAUCCCAUUUUUAUCUUUCCUUCCUCUGUUUCAUGACGUGUACAUUUCUAUGCGAAUCGAAAUCGAAUAAAUCCUCAAGUGGCA